AUGCCUCCAGUUGCGCCUGUUAAUGUCGCGCAACCACCGCCGCCUGCAGGGUAUCCGCCGAAUCCAGUACCAUAUGCACCCCCGCCCGCUCAAUAUCCAUCACCGACUGGUCAAUAUCCACCUCAGCAACAACCCUACAAUCCACUACCACAGGCACCGAAUCCAUAUCUCGCUCCUGGCGGCGUAUAUCCACAACCGACGGGACAAUUUCCCCAACAGGGGGGUCCAUAUCCCCCGAAUGGAUACAAUCCACCACCACCAGUCAUGAGUAACUAUGGAUAUCCACAGAAUCCUUACCCGCCGCAGUAUUAUCCACCGCCGCCCUACUAUUCUCCCGCUCCAGUUUAUCAGCAACCUCCCCCAGCCCCGGCCCCAGCCCCGGCCCCACCACAAACAUAUGGACCGAUAUGCGUCGUUCCUGGCUGCCAAAAACCCGCUUGGUUGGAUCCAAAUGGAGUCCAUUCCUUGUUCUGUGGUAAAAGAUGUCGAGACAACAAUCCACACCUCCAGCAGCCCACACUGACUCCCAAUGUAUCCGCCUUUCUGAACCUUCUAGGCGCCGCGGUCGGGGCAGCAGGUCUAGGCACAAGAGCCUGUGUCAUCUGCAAGAUACGGCCAUAUGAUCAAACACGGAACAGCCUCUUCUGCUCGCCAGCAUGUGUACAAACAUCAGAAACAAUGGCUCCAGGGAUCAUCGAGAUACCCUCAGAUCAUCCAAAAUUCAAAGAUGUCGCCAAUCAGUUUGAUACCAAGUGGACGCAUACGAACAUGGCGCCAAAGACGGCAAAGUUCAUCUAUCUGAUCCUGAUGAACGCUACUCAAAAUGCCUCGUACAACGCCUAUCGAGAUCGAGUAGAGCAGGAAGGUGGCUUUGCUGCCAAAGGGCGGACGCCAGGCAACGAAAACCGAAGAUUCCAUGGAACUACCCGUGCUUGUUUACUCGGUGACCCAGGAAAUACUCAGCUCUGCUCGGACUCGACGUGCGGACUGUGCGGUAUUAUUCGGACGUCUUUCGACCUCAAAUUCUACAAAGGGAAGACCGGAUGGGGCCGAUUUGGUUGCGGCCUUUACACGUCGGCGACAUCGUCGAAAAGCGACUCGUAUACGAGUAACAAGAAGACGUCGCAAUAUAAAGCCAUGCUGCUCAGCAAAGUCAUUGUCGGCAAUGGAUACAAGCUCACGAACAAUAGCACGCAGCUCACUGGCCCUCCUGCGGGGUAUCAUUCGGUCCUGGGCGAGCCAGACGCCGCGGGAGCGCUCAAUUACGACGAGCUGGUCGUAUACGACAACGAUGCAAUUCGACCUGCGUAUCUCAUUGUGUAUUAG